CUUUCCUUCUCUCCUCGCUUUUCUCGGUAUCCCGUUUUACAGAACCCAGAAAUCUACGUAGAGAAAGAAAUCCAAUUCUUAUAUAUCCUUUCAAACAACUAGAAACAAAGGAAUAUACAUCGAAAGGCUGUGAUUGUUACUUCUUUGACUCAUCAGGGAACAUUCAGAU